UGGAGAUGUUCGAUUGGUUGCGAUAUCUAUUUCCAAUUUUAGUGUAUUUUUAGAAAUAUUACAUGGAAAAUACUUCAUCAGAUAGAAACAGUUCUCUUAUUUCCACACAAUAUGGAUAAUGAUACCACGGUGAAAAUGAGCAAAGGUUGCUGGAAAUUCGAUGAGGAUAAUAGAGCGCUAUACAUAGAUAUUGAAGAAGAAGAAACUGAAGAAGAUCGAGAAAAUAAAGAGUAUAGCCAUUGGGAUCAAACUCCUGAUAUGCUUUUAGAAGAAAUUUUUUCUUACUUAACUAUUCGCGAAAGAUAUUAUGCAUCUUUAGUAUGUAAGUCAUGGUAUCGUGCUUUUAAAUUACCAAAGGUAUGGUCUACCUUUACAUUCGAAGAUACCACACUUACUAGAGCCAAAUUUAAUUAUCAUAGUGGUUGGCAAUAUGUCUUGGAUCAUAUGAGAACUUCAACAUGUUUGAAUAAAAUUGGAAGAAAUUUUAGGUCUUUAGUUUUUGAACCUAUGUUGAAUUUUUAUAAUCUCUAUGAAUUCAUGAAUAUGGUAUCUUGGUACACUGAAAAACAAGGAUCAGAUAAUACAUCAGUAGCAGGAGUUGGUACUUACAUCAGACGACUUAAGUUUACGUUUCCUUGCAACAUGACAGACAGCGACAAUCCUCAUAGUAUUAGACUCUUUGGUACUGGUGGAAAAUUACUAGAAGCAUUGAAAAGGCUAAUGGGUAAUUUACAUAAUUUAAGAUGCUUAGAAUUGAUAGAUUUGAUGUUAGAUAGUAAAGAUGCUUUAAAUUUAAUGGAUGAUAUCUGUGCAAAUUGUACCCAGACAUUAUCAAAAUUGGUUUUAAUUAAUACUACAAAGUUUUAUUGUCCUCUGCUUCAUGUAGGAGUAUUUAUUAAUUUAAGUGUCUUAGUUAUUAGUCCUCAAAAUCUUCACGAAGAUGUAUUUGAUUUAAUUGGUUAUACUAAAUUGCAACAUCUUCAUAUUGUUCAAAAUCGUUAUAGUCCAAGAGACACCACCACAGUGAGAUUGCCUUCGAGAAAAUCUUGGAUAAAAAUGAGAGAAAACAAUCCACAAAUUAAAGUACAUUUUGAAGUGGAAAGUUAUAAACCUACAGAUAUUUUGCCUAUUGAUAUAUUAGAACAUAGGAGUAUUCCAUGUCACAGCAUUGUUGUAAAUGCUCCAUAUACAAAGAUUUCACCUUUAGCUAUUCUUACUCAUGGACUAUUUUUUGAAUCAACAAUAACGGUGUAUGCAAUUAAAGGUUUAACCAAAUAUUUUGCACCUAAAAAUUUUUCACAAAGAUUGGACGUAGCACUUAUACAAUUUUGCAAAAUGUGUCCAAAUCUUCAUACAUUGAUGAUUCGAGAUAAAAUUUCAACAGCGACAAUUUUAGAAAUUGUGUCUACAGCAAAGGGUUUACGUUGUUUGUAUGUUCGGAGAUAUUCGAUUUUAAAAAGAUGUGAUGGGGAUUGGUUGAAAAUUCUGAAUUGGUCACCAGAACAUUAUCAAUGGAUCAAGAAAUAUAGCAGUAGUUAUGAAAGUACAGAAAGAGAAGUAUCUAGAAUAUUGAACUACAGAUGGCAUAUGUUAUCUGAAAGAGAGUUUAAAGAUCAAAUGGUGAAAUUAUACAUAUGAUGUGACUAUAAAGAAAGAAAAAAAUGAUUACAAAAAUAUUUUAUAUGAGACAAAUUAUAAUUAUAUAA